CGGUGUCCCAGGAGGACAGAGUUUGCAUUGAUGAAAACCCUUCCCAGCUCUUUGAAGCCUCUUUCCCGCUGCCUGAGCCCAGCCGCUUAGUCCUCCGUGUCCCACACACUGCUCACUCUCUGCCAGGAUGGCAUCUUGUCCGGCCCUGCACAUGGCGCUGCUGCUCAUCUCUGGGGUCCUGGCCCCUGCAGUGCUCACAGCAGAGGGUCCCCAGGGGCCCGACCCCACCCUGUGGAAUGAGCCCAUUGAAUUGUCCUCGGGUGAAGGUCCUCUGGAGAGCACCAGCCACAGCCAGGAAUUUGUAGUCUCCGGCCCUCCGUUCCCCACCUCUGCGCCAGGACCGGAGGACAGCACCCCUCCCGCAGGGUCGGACCAGGAUGGAGGAUCGCUUGGACCAGGCGCCAUUGCAGCCAUCGUGAUCGCCGCCCUGCUGGCCACCUGCGUGGUGCUGGCACUCGUGGUGGUCGCGCUGAGAAAGUUUUCCGCUUCUUGAAGCCAAUAAAGGAGCCGCGCCGGCCCGCCCGCGGCGACUCUGCA